CCCGAGCGGUGACGGGCUGGGGGUUUAUCCGGCCCUCCGGGCGUUAAUUAAGCCGCUCACUCUGGCCUCCCCCAUGUGUGAGGGCCAACUCAGGAGUCCUAGAGCCAGAGGGCGCCCUCAGCAUACAGCCGUAGGUGCCGCCCACAUGUCCAUCCUACCCUCCCCAGGUGGUCUCAAUAGGAUGUUCAUGGCUCGUCCCAAGGAGAAAGUGGAGCUACCCAGCUGCCCCUCAUUCCUGCCCCGUGUGUCCCCGUCCCCGUCCUGCGCCCUGAGCCGCCGCGAACUGCUUGCAGCUUCGACGCGAAAGGCAUGCUGUCUCAGGUUCUUUCUGGACCACCUCCUCAACCCCAAACUUCCCUCUCUUUUAAAUUCCAUGCCCCCUCCUCCAGGAGCCCCCCCCCCCGCAGUGCCUUUCCUCCAGGAAACCCCCUGAACUGCCCCAAACGGAGAGAUGGCUCUAACUGCUAACGAAAGCAGAACAAGGAGUGGGUUGAAUAGACGUCACAGAUCUGGACAGGAAAGUGGAAAAUAAGGAGUUUGACGUCAAUGCUUAUAAGAUCCCACGCCCCCUCAUCAGAGUCCUCAGAGUCCAAAGCUGAUUGGCCCAGCUCUGCUGGGGGUGGGCGGGUCAUCCGAGACCCGAACACAGUGUUUGGGAGCCCUUAGCUGAAGGAAAGGUGUUGGCCCGUCCAACUCCAGGGGGCUGACUGGCAGCCCUUCAGAUCCCCACUUGUCACCCCCACACCCCACAGGAGAACCAAAGCCUUGCAUUCCACCAUUAGCGCGCGCAGACUGAGCGAUGGAUACAGAGGGGAGGAGCAUAAGGGGGCCUUGAAAUCGGCGGUACUCGGAGUGCAGCUGGUGGUGACCCUGCUCACGGCCACCCUCAUGCACAGGCUAGCUGCGCACUGCUCCUUCGCACGCUGGCUGCUCUGCAAUGGCAGUUUGUUCCGAUAUGUGCAUCCAUCUGAGGAGGAGCUCCGGGCCCUGGCAGGCAAGCAGAGACCCAGAGGCAAGAGGGAGCCAUGGUGGGCCAGUGAGGAGAAACCUCUGUCCGUGCCCCGAGACACCCCUUUCCAGCUGGAGACCUGUCCCCUCACAGCGGUGGAUGCCCUGGUCCUGCGCUUCUUCCUGGAGUACCAGUGGUUCGUGGACUUUGCUGUGUACACUGGUGGUGUGUACCUUUUCACCGAGGCCUACUACUACGCGCUGCACCCAGCCAGGGAGGCCAACAUUGCCGUGUGCUGGUGCCUGCUAGCCGUUGCCUUCUCCAUCAAGGUGUUCCUGACAGUGACGCGGCUCUACUUCAGCGCAGAGGAGGGCGGUGAGCGCUCUGUGUGCCUCACCUUCGCCUUCUUCUUCCUGCUCCUGGCCAUGCUGGUGCAGGUGGUGCGGGAGGAGACACUCGAGCUCGGCCUAGAGCCAGGCCUGGCCAGCAUGACCCAGAACUUGGAGCCACUUCUAAAGAAGCAGGGCUGGGAUUGGGCGCUCCCUCUGGUCAAACUGACUGUCCGUGUGGGAUUGGCGGCCAUGGGCGCCAUGCUGGGCGCCUUCCUUACCUUCCCAGGCCUGCGGCUGGCCCAGACCCACCGUGAUGCGCUGACAAUGGCGGAGGACCGGCCCGGGCUGCAGCUCCUCCUGCACACCAGCUUCCUGUCACCCCUGUUCGUGCUGUGGCUUUGGACCAGGCCCAUUGCCCGGGACUUCCUGCAGCAGGCGCCCCUUGCGGGGACGUCCGUCUCCUUGCUGCCGGACUCAGCCUUCGACUCACUGCGCCUCUGGGUGCUGGUGGCACUGUGCCUGCUGAGGCUGGCGGUGACACGGCCCCACCUGCAGGCAUACCUGGGCCUUGCCAAAGUGCGUGUGGAGCAGCUGCGGCGAGAGGCCGGCCGCAUUGAGGCCUGUGAGAUCCAGCGGCGGGUGGUCCGAGUGUACUGCUACGUGACAGUGGUCAGCCUACAGUACCUGACGCCCAUUAUCCUCACCCUCAACUGCACACUGCUGCUCAAAUCACUGGGCGGCUACUCCUGGGGCCUGGGCCUGGCCUCUCCUCCGCCCCUCACCUCAUCCUCAGCUGAUGCUGCCCCUGCUGGCCCCGAGGGGGACUCAGCCCAGGAGACAGCAGCCCAGAUUGCAGGGGCACUGGGUGGCCUGCUCACACCCCUGUUCUGCCGUGGCAUCCUCUCCUUCCUUGUCUGGUGGACAGCUGCCUGCCAGCUGCUCUCUAGCCUUUUUGGUCUCUACUUCCACCAGCAUCUGGGGGGCUCCUAGCCACCCUGUGUGAGCCUCAGGGUCCUCCCACUGUUGUGAGCCCUACACUUCAGUGCCUGAGCCAGGGUCUGCCUCAGAAUGGGAGCCAUCUCCCCCCAGCCAAUGGCCUUUGUUCUCUGAGCAUGCGUCCCUGCAGGACAGCAGCAUGGGGGCCACUCUCUGGACAAAUAAAGGAGCAGGCUGCUUCCUAAGAA